AUGACUUCAAGAGUCUUAAUUUAUGGUGGUUCUGGAGGAUUAGGAUCCGCAUUAGUUUCCUUUUUUAAAAAUAAAAAAUGGGUGGUUACUUCUGUUGGUACUCGUCAAAAUUCCGACGCAACUCAUAAUAUCAUUAUAUCUGUUGAUGAUUCUCUGGAAAUUCAAGGCGAAAAGGUUUUAAAACAAAGCAACGAACAGCUGAAAGCAGAUAAUGCCGAAAAAUACGAUGCAAUUUUGUGCGUAGCUGGCGGCUUUGUUAUGGGAAAUUUACUUGACAAAGAAUUUUUGAAAAAGUCUGACUUGAUGAUCAGAAAGUCUCUUUAUUCAUCGCUAGUCGCGUCACAAUUAGCAGCUCAUCAUUUGAAAGAAGAUGGUUUCCUGAUGCUAACGGGUACUGCAGGAUUGCAAGGCACACCUGGGUUCAUUGGCUACGGAGUCGCGAAGGCUGGUACCCAACAACUUGUAAAGAGCCUGUCGGCCGAAGGUAGUGGAUUACCCAAAAGAACUAGAGUUGUAGCACUUUUACCUUCAACCAUUGAUACAGUAUCCAACCGUAAUGAUAUGCCACGUGCUGACUUUUCUAAUUUUAUACCUCUUGAAAUCUUAACACAACGUUUAUUCGAUUGGACGACUGGUGUUGUUCCCAUAGAUAAUGGAAAAUCGGUGGAAGUUAUCGCAAAAAAUGGUAAAACAACAUUUAAUGAAAUUUAG